GCCACGUCUGUGCAGGUCUCUUAGUACUUGGGUGUAAGGUAAAUAAGGCUUGGGCAUUAGAAGUGGGGUUUCUUUCAGGCUCUGUAUACCAGGAAAGCCCAGAGCCACUUUGCCCCUUUCACUUGAGUCAAACCUGUUGGGAUGACUUCACCACUGUGGGUUUUUCCUUCUCUUGCAGGGUUUGGUCCCUUUGGAGAGCACGCUGUUAACGCCAGCUGGAUUGCAGUUCAGGAGCUGGAGAAGCUGGGACUGCGAGAUGAUGUGGAUCUGCACGUCUAUGAGGUCCCAGUUGAAUACCAGACAGUGCAAAGGCUCAUUCCUGCAUUAUGGAAAAAGCACAGUCCACAACUGGUGGUUCAUGUGGGUGUUUCGGGUAUGGCUACGACUGUGACUCUGGAGAAGUGUGGCCACAAUGUGGGUUAUAAGGGCUUGGACAACUGCCGCUUCUGCCCAGGCUCUCAGUGCUGCGUGGAAGGAGGCCCCGAGUGCAUCGAUUCCAUUAUUGACAUGGACACAGUUUGCAAGAGGGUCUCAGCACUGGGGCUGGACGUCACGGUCACUAUAUCAAAGGAUGCUGGCAGGUACCUCUGUGACUUCACUUACUACACAUCCUUAUACCAGAGUCGUGGGAGGUCAGCUUUUGUGCACGUGCCUCCGCUGGGAAAGCCCUAUACUGCAGAACAGCUGGGUCGGGCACUACAGGCUAUCAUAGAGGAAAUGCUGGAUGUUUUGGAGCAUUCCGAAGACAAAAUCAAUUGUCAGCAUGAACACUGAACGUGGGCAGAAGUUAUCCUAGUAUUGCACUUCCAAAACCUUCCCUGCUACCGAAGUACCUGGGGAGCCAGCCUGAAGCCUACAGACCCACGAAUUGGAGACUUCCAAAAGGCAAAUUCCACUCCUAGAAAUGGACCUUUUCUUUGCUUUUUUUCUCUGUCAGAUGUGUGCAUUUCAGCCUAGGCAACAAAGGAGUCAGAAUCUCUUCCUGGUAACACCUGCAACUCCUCCUUUGCGAAGCGAUUCUAGUGUGCGUGCUGUGCUUCAUGCAGAGCUCCUGACCAGUGUAACCAGUGCAGAUGGAAGGGUUCUCAUCUGGACUUGCUGUUCAGGUGCAGGGAAUUGAUAACCCAGUCUUCUAAUGACCAGUUUUUAAGUCGAAAGGUUUGCUUUCGUUUUGUUUCCCCCCUCUUUGGCCCACAUGCUCAGUUAUGAUAUAAAGAGCUGGAAUAGUGUGGGCUUAUCUGUUGGACAACAGCGCUUGGUGGAGACGAGGAAUCUUGGCAAUUGAGAGAUGGAACAACCCUUCAGGCACUGACUUCUUACCCCACGUUGUCCAGAUGCUCACAGGGUCCUCUGUCACGUACUGGUUAACCGGUAGCUGCAGAUAGAAGGGACGUGCUUUGGGUUCCUUCUGUGGCAGAGCAGGAGUUGGCUUUGUCUUUGUUUCUUGUACACAAGGAUGAGCCUGACUUGGCCAAAUACUUCCAAGUGUCUUUUUAAUUCCCUUCUCCAUCUCACUCCUCAAUUUAUUCCCUUUCUUCCUCAAGUCAACAUAUACCUCCUGUGCAAAACACCUUGUGUCAGCUGUGUAUGAAACAAAGCAGUAGCAGUGAAAUAGCUUUGCUAAAGGCCACUUGCUCCACAGGAGACCUUCACCCUCCACUUGGUGCUAGCUGUUCUUUUGAAGGCGAAGGUUGAGUAAUUGCUAACUUCCCCAGUUAUACAUUUUCCUCCUUGGAAAGGUUAGAAGAGUAAUGUUUAACAUUGAUUCAGCAUCGUCACCUUGAUUUAUUAGGGACACGAGUAUGCGAUGGGAAGACGUGCUGCCAAAUCCAGCUAAAAUCCUAAGCCUGCUGUUUGUAAACCAGAGGCAAUUGGUUGAAAAGGAGGAAUUCUGCUUCGGAUGAGUUUUCCAGGCUGGUUCUUAAUGUUUCCUUCCCAAUGGGAGGGUGCAGAUUGCUGCUUCUUGCAUGGACUUUCCCAGGAGUUCACUGGGGGAAGCAUACAUGCAGGUGCUAAGCAGGACUGGUUGAUGCAGGUUUGCUGCCAGAUGACAUGGCUCCAGUGAAGGAUGGAUGAUGGUGCAGUGGGAGCAGGCAUUGGUGAUUGAUGACCAGUUGGUCCCACUGAGGGGCCAUUUAAAUGAAGAGGUCUGUGAUUCGAUCCGAAUACUUUUACAAAUAUAUAUAUACAUACAUAUAUAUAUAUACACCCCCCCAACAUUUGGAAUGCCAUUACCUUCAUUUUCUACUUAGGAAUGAUCCUGCUCUAGUAUCUCUCAGUGAGAGCUGCCAUUAACUUGCUGUUUCCCAGGAGAAGUCUAGCGACAAAGGGAAUAGAGACCACUUCUUGCCACCCUGGAGAGAGGACCAAGGCUUCUGCAGUUGGAAUAACUUGGCUCUUGUGGAGAUGGUGGGAUAAACGUGUGGGUUUUUCCCAGUGCAAUUCCCACUGGGUUUAGUGUAUGAGCUUUUCUGAACAAAAGAGGUUGCUUUCCAAGCUUCUCUUUUGCAUUCAGAUGCGAGGUAGCACUUGUGGGGCUGUCACAGGCUUUCUGGUCAGUAAUUUAUUGUAUUUAAUGUGUUGUUGAGGUAUUGGUGCCUUUGACGUGGCUUUUGCCAAUAGUUGAGCUCCUUUUGUCAUGUAGCUUUGUCCCUUUCUCUGAUAGGAAGCUUUGGCAUGGGGGUAUCUUAGCUGCUGAGUGCUUGAAAGAGGAGGAAUUGAGGUGUUGUGCUGAGUUCAGCCACUGGUUGAAGGGGUUUUUAGGCAUGCUGUUUAAUGGACCUGGAAUGUAGCUGGCAAUGGAAUGGGAGUGGGAAAGAACAGUUGAGUGGGGGGAGAAGAGGAAAAGGAAGGGAUCAAAGCGGGCACAGGAAGGGCUGAUGCCCAUGGGAAGGUCUGGCAUCCAGGCAGCCCUCACCUGGAGCAGAAGGGGUUGGAGGAGCUCAGUGCUGGUGAUGGAAGCCUCGAGGUGAGAUGUGCCUUGUCUGUCUGUGUCUUUUCAACGUUGGUGCUUCCUCGGAGCCUUGGAGAUUCCCAUUGGGAUGUGACUGAGGAGGAGGUUCAUCCAUGGGGAAGGGAGAUGGCAGCGGCUGCAUGGGGAGGUGUGUUCACCCUAUGGAGCUGGGUCCUGCCCCAUUCAGACAUUCCUUAUUGGGUGCUCCCUGCUCCCCAAGGGUAAAUCCUGAGCCAGUGCCUGUGGUUGCUCCUUGAGGACUGCAGUGCUUGACCCACGUGGUGCUGUUAAAUCCAUCUCCUUUUGGGCCGUGCGUUGUUUGGAGCAGCCCUUGGAGCUGUGUCUCCUCAGGAGCUGUUCUGAUGCUUCCAUGGGAGCAGUUUCAUAGGAAAAAUAACUUAUUUUAUACUCUUUUGGGCUUGUUUUUUUGAGCAUUAGUCCGCAGAGGUUGCAUUUGUAAAGGGGGGUUGGGUGCUAGAGCAAUUGUGUAGGGAAACUCUUCCAGAUGGCAUGGAACUGAUUUUAUUUAACCUGACCUAAAUUCAAUACUUUUGGGGUGGGGGGUGGGUUAUUUUUUGCCUUUUUGUUGUGUUAAACUCAUGGCUUCAGAUUACCUUCCCCAUAGGUUCAUGUUUGCUUUGGGAUCAGGCCAUCAAACUGCUGCAGCACUUCCAAAAGCUGAUGUUUGGGCUGAUUCUUCCUUAUCUGCUUCUUCUUCCAGAUCAUCCGUGCAUAGAGCUUGUGUGUUUGCACUGCCUGGGGGACCUGUGGCCCAGCACAGGACACUGUGUGCUGGGGAGGAGGUGGAGGGAGCUCAGGUUUGCUCUUCAUUAUGGUGCCUGGGGAAGCUAUAGGAUCCUGGGAGUGCAAAGUUGGCUCUGGGGUAAGGGAGAAGACUUGUGUGCAAGAGAGAAUUAGGGAGGUUCCACUGUAUGGGGUCUGCUGUCAUUUGAGGGACAUGCCAGGAGCUUGGAGUAGGAGCUGGCUGAUGUGUUGGUGGAGUUUGGUGAUGCCAAUGUGGUUGGUGCAGUUAUUAAAUGCUGUGGAGGGGGUUGAGGGAGUCCAGAUACUCGUAAACUCCAUCAUUUGGUGACUGAUGGCUGGGGGAGAGAUUCCCUUUGGAUAAUUCACCCCAGCAAAGAGAAGCAGUGAGUGUGGAAGUUUCUUUACCUUCAAGACUUAUGGGGGACUUCAUCCAUAGGGAUCCCUUCCAACCUGAGGUUUUCAAUGGGAUGCUUGAAGGGGAAGCCCCAUUUUACAGAAGCUUUUACAAAGGGUACCAAACCUGUGAGAUUUAUAGAGCCCUUCACGUGUAUCUGGAGCAUCCCCCAAGCUGCUUCCUCCUGAACAGUAGUGAGAAAGGAUGCAAAGGUCAGGACGAUGGUGAGAGGUGUUGAGGGUGGUUGUGACAUGAGACUGUGGCCAAGAGCUUCCAAGAGGGGCCAAUGCUGGAGACCAGGAGAGCUUACAGGUUGCUUUGCUUUCACCCCCAGAACAGGGGAACUCAAAGGCAUCAGGAGGCAGUUGGAGGUCAGUGCUCCCUGGCUGCAGGAGGGGAGGUGAUGUUUGCAUGCAGGGGCAUGUAAAGCAUCCCCUGGUGCUGUCUCCGGCAGGAAACCAGCCCCACGGAACCAGGGCUCUGCUCUGCUGUGUCCCCUUGAUCCCGACAGGGUUGGUACCAUGUGUGCUGUGCUAAGUCAGGUAGGAAACGGAGCAUUUACCUUCCUAGGCUGUCACACUUGGAUGUAGCAUUCAAACCCUGCUGUUGUGCAGGUGAUACUUAGCCUUUGAGUGCCUCUGUCACCUGCAAGGGGGUAUUCCAGGCUGCUGGCACACAGUUCCAUGCCUGGAAUAAAACCCCAGGAGCUUCCAGGCCUGCAGAGUCACAAAUGGGCUCUCGGUGGUGUUCUUAUUUGGUAAGAAAAAGGACUACAGAAGUUAUCAUCCCUGAAGUUUCCAAUGCUAAUCUUCAUCUGAUGCAGUGUGGGAUGCAUUGACCUCAUGGGUGGGUUUUCCUAUGGAGCGUGGAAAAGGAAUUGUGCUUGGAGGAGCUUCUGCAGACCAGGAAAGCAAUGGAAAGAAGAGGAUUGUGUCAAGGUUUAACUUGGGAACUCCUGCAUCUCUUUGAACUUCCAGUGUGUUUCUGACUCUGACCACCCAUGGGAUGCUGGGGCAUGGAGCUGCUGGAAGAGCCAGCUGAAACCAGUGUGUUCCCAUGCAGGGAUGACACUCAUGGUGCUGGGGGGGGUUUAACUGUGAUUGUCAGGUUUCUUUCAUCUGUUGGCUUGGAUAACGUAGCCCUAGUCCCUAAGUACACAUCCUGACAUAGGACUGGGUGGUUUUGCACCAGAAACUCUCAUGUUUUGCAGUAUAAAGUGCACUUUUUCUUCAGCCACACCUUGUAUUCCUGUCUGAUGGGUGUCUGACGUGCUGAAAGUGAUGCUCUGCCUGACCUCCCAAGCUGAGGAUCUUGUUCCUUCCUCAUCGUAGUCAUUGCAGCCUGUGAGCUGCUUCUGCUCAGUCUCUUGGAAGACCAAGGAGAGAAGAAAAUGCCUCCCAUAGGUAGGAAUUCAAGCUAGGAAAUGAACCUAUACACUGCCCUUGACUAAAACUGUGCUGCGUCAGUGCACGGUCAGGUUUCCUAUUGCACCAGCUUCUUCAAUCACAGAUGUUUACUUUGAUGAAACAGGGAGUGCCUUGUCCUGUGCUGGGCUUGCUUAUGGCGAGCAGAGGGUGAUGAUGGGGACACAUCCACCCAAGGUGGAUGGAAAGACUGGGAGAAACUGGGAUCCCUUUCAUCCAAGGAUGCUCUUCAGCAACGGUGCUGAACCUGAUGCACCCUCAGACCUGACCGAGGAGCAGACAAGCUCUUUGCUGCUCGGUUCUCACUCUGGUUGGGUUGGCCAAACCUGUGCAGGUUGUUCUGUCUCUUGGGUAGGGUUCGGUGCUGUGCACAUCACAGCAUCACCCGGUGCUGGGGCCCUCUCUUCAUGCAUCCCAGUUGUGUGCCUGGUACCUCAGGUGUGGCUGAUGUUGCUCUUGCUCAUCAGGACUCAGUUUGGAACCUGUUUCUCUCAGUGUGUUCUUGCAGUGCCUUGUAAAACCCAACCUAUCUCCUGUGGCAAAGGGCUGUGUCCUAAAGAACCCUUCACGUGCGUGCAGCUUGCUGUGGCCAGACUGGACUUUGUAACUGGAGACUGAAACCCAUGGCUUGAAGGAAAUAAAGAGUUCAACUCUGA